GCAGGAAUUUGUUACUCCACGCUUGCUAAAUACUCUAAAAACUUAUCAAAGAUCUUUGUACAGAUAAGGGCUGGUUAUGACGUCUCCGAAGAAUAAAUCAGAAAAGAUAUACCUAGGAUAUUCCAGUCUCAGAUAAUGAACCAAUCAGGCUGUUAAUUAUUGCUGCUGGCUUUCAGACGCUGAAUAAAUUUAAUUAUGUUGUAGCAAGCGUGUGAGCGAAUCAGAAUAUCGGUGAUAGUAAAAAGCCUCAGUUGAUCAUGGUGCCUUUAAGGAUGUGAAGAGCGGGAGCAACUAAAGAAUACAGGGAUCUGGAGGAAUAAAAUUUAAAUCAGAAGUCCGAUUCUAAUGGAAACUACAAUGGAUGAUGAUUUGAAAAAUUUCCCGUACGAAAAGUUCCCAUACGGCGGUGUCAUAAAAGAGGUUCCAGUAUGGGAAAUGGUGGUGAAAUCUGUAAUUUAUGGAAUUAUCACAAUUUCAUCGUUAUUUGGGAAUGUUCUGAUAAUUGUCAUUGUGAUGAAAAACAAAACCAUGAAGACGGUUACUAAUUACUACAUAGUGAAUUUAGCGGUGGCGGAUCUAAUGGUCACACUGACCUGUACGUGGGUCACGCUAGUGGAUAACCUGACCGAGGGGUGGAUCUUAGGGGCGUUCUUCUGUAAGCUGAAUACAUUCACAAAAGUCCUUUCACUGGUGGCGAGCGUACUGUCACUUACACAGAUAGCGUACGACCGCUUCUUUGGAAUCGUGUUUGCCUUAAGAGCCCGGAUGACGGAAAGAAGAGCUAGUAUUUCUUUGGUCAUUAUCUGGAUUUUCUCUAUCAUUGUUGCGUUGCCUGUUCUCAUCUACCGACAACUGAAGAGCAGAGAAUGGCUGGACCAUACAGAACGGUGGUGCGACGACGAUUGGCCAGUAGAGGAGGAAGUGGUGGGUAAUUUCACCAGAACCACCAUGCCUUUAAGGACAGCGUACUUUGUUUCUGUAUCGGUGGUGCUGUACUUUAUCCCAAUGGUGGUUAUGUCCCUUGCGUAUGGCGUUAUUAUACUAAAAUUGAAAACGACGCAUAUUCCUGGUGAGAUAAUGGAUAAAAGAGACGAACAACAGGCCAAAACAAAACGAAAGAUCAUAAUUAUGCUGAUCACCAUCCUGGCUGUCUUCUGUGUAUGUUGGCUGCCAUGUCAGGUCAUGUUACUCUAUACAGAGCUCCGGGGCAACAGAAGUAAGCUGGAAGACUGGUAUUAUCAUUUUGAGUUCGCGGCCUACACCAUGGCAUACUCCAACAGUGUCCUGAACCCAAUCAUUUACGCUGGAUUCAAUGAAAACUUCAAGCAAGGGUUUGAACAUUAUAGAAUAGAUCGCCACGAUACGCAGCGUAACAAAUCUUUACGGUCUGUCGAACAUCUGGCGUCGCUUGUCCGGUGAUCCAGGCAGACGAUUAACGCACGUGUACAACACAUACUCUGAGACGACGUACACUGCCGUGUAAGUUCAGCAAGUCCGAGGACCAAAAAGAAGAACAGAAAACCAUGAGAUCUGGACCCUUCGUCUACUAAUCUGAAAUUACUCAAAACAUUUUAGAGGACGAGUAUUAGUGCUUAAAUAAUAGGUAAAAAUCUCAGAUCUGGGCUGAACAUUAAAGAUGAGGAAAGUUUGUGACGGCGGACCAGUACGUGUAUUUUUAUUGUGAUAUGUUUGUUCUGUAUAUAUAAAUGUUUAUGUAAUAAAUGUGAGUUACAAUGUAUUAUACCAAUCAAGGAAUAAAUAUAAUAGCUUUCCAAUUUAUACGAAUAUUAAAUGGGUUGGGGCAGUUUACGCUUUUUGCAGAAACUGUUCCAAUCCAUCUCAUGUACGUACAUGUAUAAAUUGGGUAGUUAUUGAAUUGAUUCUUUGUAGUUGAAUUUUCUGCUAUAAUUAAUUGUAGAUAAAAAUGGGCAUUUGACAUCUGAAAUGAAAUUAAAGUAUUACAAACAAAAUUAAAUUAUCAAACCAUA